AUGCACUCAAGUUUCAUUGCACUUGAUUCGCAGGACCGUAUUAGACGGAGCAACUCUAUCUCUAUUCAGCGCUUUAAUUUACUAGAGUACACAUACGUACUUCGUGAAGUAAUAUACACAGCCGAAAUUUGCUCAAUCUCAGCCGCUUCCUAUUCCACGCGGACAGCGCGACACUUUUCCGACGGGGUCGACCACAACAGGCUCUCCAUGCAGGCUUCGGUGCGAAGAGCUCAAGCUGGAGCUGGGCAAGGCGCAGCCAUUCGUGCCACCAAGAAGCAGCGACGCGAGUCCGAAGACGACGAGCUGGUACUCUCAACUCGCGAUGGGCCAUCGAGCAGCAAGACGAAGCUUCGACUGACCGCCACGCACAAACUCCGUCUGAUGCGAGCGCAGGUUACGGCCACUGAGUACGAGCUCCGCUGUCUCCAGUCCAAGUGGGCCAAGCACAUCCCGGACGCGCGCACACGGGUCAUGGCUCAACGCUGCGCCUUGGAGAAGUACGCGGCCAAACAGAGCAACGAAGAGCACCGAGAGCUCAAAGAGCUGUAUCAAAAGCACCAGUUUCUGCUGGCCUCGCUACAGACGGCCGUCCUGCGAAAUACCCUGCAGUCCAGCGGCAGUGACAUACUCAAGGAGCUCCAUUUCGACACGCGGCUAGGCCGCGACCCAGAGCAGCGCAAGCGGAUGCUGAUAGAACACAACAGACGAUCGUCUGCGACGGUGCCUUCCAUCGUGGAGAAGUUCUCGCAAAUGGCCAUCGACGCGAAGCAGAAGGAGACUGGUAAGGCGAUGCUGCCGCUGUCUCAAAUCAGCGUAACCGGCUGCGCGGACUGCACGCUGGUGUCGAGCGUCUUCGUGUCGGAAAUCCCGCACCCAUCGCUCGAGGAAGUGUUCGCGGCUGCGCGGUCGUACUUCGAGACGUUUCCUGCCAUGAUCAAGCACCACUUUGGGGCCGAGGCAAGCGUGGAAACGUUGGACAGAGUUAACGCGCCGGUGACGUACGCGCGGCUAAACUACGACGGAGCGACGAAUAGGCAACUGCCUGCAAGUGUGAACCAUGUCGGAUGCUUUGAACUGACACCAAACUACGGCAUGAUCUUCAUGGAUGCCAUCACGGAGGACGCGUUGUAUCCGGUGCCGAGUACGAAUGCGCUGCAGUACGGGAUGUGUGCUCUCACAGUCACGCCCCUCAGGGACCCGAGCAUUGGCAAGACCGUGUCCGUGAGGCUGCGCUGGGUUGUGUUGUACCGCUACAAGUUGUCACCAAGCGACCCUGCACUCAAGAACGACCUGGAGACCAACCGCCCCAUUUUUAAUGGCGAUCUGAUCACGUCCGCUAUCUGUAGUUACCUGCAAGGGCAACAAUCGCAAAGGUAG